AUGGAGCCUAAUCACCUUUUUUAUCAUGACUGGGACCCCGAAUAUCAUGCCAAUCAAUUGAAAGGCAUAUAUCGUCGCUGGACGUCGAAAGACAGAGAGAGGAUAGAAUGCACUGAUGGGUCAGCACAUUUCCUACGCGUUCAAGACAGGCGAGAGUCGCCUGAUGCGUUGGUUCUGUCCAGACCACUGGCGGAAAAGAUACGCAAAGCUUUAUGCAUCGCUCACCAAUACUGGAGAACUCCCGAAAGCGUAGCUGAUGAAGACAAGGGCCGGUUCGAGGCUGAAGCCAGAACCGAGGCUUGGGAGGAAGAGUUGGAACACCUGAUAGAAGUUAUGAAAAAGAAGGUUAAAAAGACAGGACAAGCAACUGAUCAGGAAAGAUAUAAGCUGCAAGACCUUUUGGAAGAGCGGAAGAAGUGUCAUAGGACGAAGAACUACUACCAGUAUUACCGUCGCUUGGCUGAAGACUCGGUAAAGUUAGGCAAGGAGAGAUGGAUAAAUGCUUGGUAUGCCGUGCAACAAGAACUCGAUCGCGUAUCGAUAAGUAUGACCCUGAUCGAGCAUCUAGCCGGGGUGGUUCAGUACCAAGACAACGAGAGCGGCGUAGUCGCUCAAGAUCCCGGGAUGGAAGACAUAGACGCUCACACCGCGGGCAGAGGCGAGAGGCUAGAUCGCAAAGUACACAUCAUGCCCAACGUUCUCGGGCUGAGUCUCGGUCUAGGUCUACUUCUCGACCGCGAAGACAAGACAACAGGUCCAGGCAUCGUAGAAGAGAGCCUCAUACCCAUGACCACGGAAGGCAGGAACGAUCGAGUGGGCGAAGUCGUGGACAAUCUCGUUAUCGAUCUCAGUCCCGCUCACGGUCGCAAAGGCAUGAUCGUAGACAACACCAUGGACAACACCAUGACCGAGCUCAAUCCGAGCAUCCACACGAUGGUCUUGCGAGUCCGCGCUCGCCGGCUUCGUCUCAUUCCCAUGCUCAGAGUGGUCCGGAAUUGUGGCGUGUGGCGGAAUCCAAUUGCGAUACAUGCGACAUCACCCCAGCCCGUCUAG